GGAGGAGCGGUUUGGGCUGGGUUUUUGGGUUUCACCCCCGAGACUUGUGUCCGAGCCAGUUCCAGCAACACCGGAGGGGCACGAGACCCCAAGUCGUGUGGUGAAGUGAGAGCUUCCCGUCCGAAGUCAUCAGUUCGACACCAAUGUUCCGCGAAAAGCAGGCGUUUGUCGCAGUGACGUCACAACACAACUAUAUAUGAAUGUACGCUUUAGGAAAUAACGUUUGAAUAGACCAAGUAUCAGUUGUUGGUUUUUUAAGCGGAGGUGCGAAUUUUUGAAUAAAAGUGAAACUGUCUUAUAUUGAUUUUUUUUGGGGCGGCAGUCUUCACCCCCGCCCCCAAAGUCGCGUGAUCGAACGCAGUCGCCAUACUGAUUCAUGUUACAAACUUGAAAUGUUUUAGGUUACUGUAGAGAGAGAGAGAGAGAGAGGACCAUUGCACUGAUAAGCAGAGGCCCGCGUGUUUACUGUUAGGCUUCGCAUGACAUGAAGUGAUCUAGGCGAGGCAUUCGCAUUCAAAAAAUAGAAAACAAGGGGGGAAGCGACAGGAAACAGGACUGUGGUGCACCUAGAACAGUGCGUGACGUCAUACAGGUCCUUGUAUAACAGCAGAAUGUAGGAAUGUAACAAAUUUCAACUCAAUCCGGUUUUAUAUUUUGAAAAGAAUCGCAGUCCAAUUUCCGGGUGCUAACGUUUACGGAUUUGCGACUGUGAUUUUUCAAAGAAGGUGCAUGCAUUGAAUCUGUUCUCUCCACGUCGCGGUCGAUUUGUGGAAACUGAAGCCAUAACGAAUGUCUGAAAGCGAGAAGAAGUGUCGUCCCCUGCUGGCCGCCAUAUUGAUUCUACAAAUAUCAGACGAGACAGGGGGUCCAUCGUGCCGGCACCGUGGUUCUCUUGAAGGUGCUGUGCCAAGUGGUGGCAGCGACGUACUGCGGCGGUAAAAUGGGAACGGUGUUGAGCUUCAGCCCUCGCGAGAGGCGCCCUGUCUACACCAGCAACAGCGGUGGUGAGUUCACGCUCAACAACUUCAGCUACGAGCAACUUAACAACGCCAAGAACCGCGAGAACAAGGGCGUCACGGCGGCAGUCGGCGUCGCCAACAACACGACCAACCCUAACAACCACCACAACGCCACAAACAACCACAACAACAUCAACAACAACAACGAGAAUGCCAGAAUCAUCUCUGAGAAAAAUGCGCUUGAGAAGAACUUCAAGAAGCAUUCGCUGUUCAUCAACACGCUCAGCUGGAAGCGAUUCUCGACGACAAACAACAACAAAAAGAAGUUGGACAACAAGAACAAGAACCUGUCGGUCUUCCGACAGCCGCUGGUGGACAACAUCCACCCGCUUGUGGUGGACAAGAACAAAAACAUCCAGAAGGCGGCGGCCAUCUCCUGCUACUACCCAACCGCCAACAAGUCCUCGGCAUCCUCCACAACCAUCAGCACCAGCACCACGACGACGACGACGACGUCGGGUACGACCGCGGCCUCAGGCAGCCUCGACAUCGUCCGCGCCAACAACGCCAACAACAACACGAACCAGCAGUGCGACAAACUGGCGCCCAAGGCGGCGUUGCUGCCGAACCUGGCAGUGAGUCAGCAACAAGCACAGCCUCAGCACGGCCCGCCUAAGAAGACGGUGAUCCACGCAUCGACGUCAGAGCUGCUCAAGUGUCUGGGGAUCUACCUGCACUCCAAGUGCUACCGCCUCAAGGACUUCCAGGCCGGCGACGCCGUCAUGUGGCUACGGACCGUGGACAGGAGUCUGCUGUUGCAAGGUUGGCAGGACGUGGCGUUCAUCAACCCCGCGAACGUGGUAUUCGUGUAUAUGCUGGUGCGAGAGUUGGUCCACGAAGAUGACGUGGACUGCGAGCAGGACCUGCAGGCCGUCGUGCUAACCUGCCUCUACCUGUCUUACUCGUACAUGGGCAACGAGAUUUCGUACCCGCUCAAACCCUUCCUCGUGGAGGACAACAAGGACAAGUUCUGGGACCGCUGUCUGCUCAUCGUGAACCGGCUGAGUCACAACAUGCUACGCAUCAACGCGGAGCCCGGCUAUUUCACCGAGAUCUUCACGGAGCUGAAGGCGUGCGGAACCAACGCCGGCAUUACCACGAGCUGCGUGGGGGCGGCGGGCUCCACGGCAGCUUGACCGCCUUCCUCAACUUUCAUCGUCAGACUGACAGUAGCCAAGAGCACCGGCAGUCCCCACUGCAAACAGUAUGUUACCACCCUGUGACCGAGGUUCUUCGACAGGCCGACCGGGUGUUACCACUUUGAGACCCGGGCCGGGGAGAUACAUAUUCGUCGCCCCAACAGAAUAAUUUUGCGUCUGAAUAUCGUACUGCACGGACAUGUAGGUCUUGGUCUGAGAUAAUAAUACGGAACGCUAAUUUCUGCGUAUAGAAAAAUUAAAAUCCCCCCCCCCCACCCCGAAAUACAAGUGAUUACAUUUCUCAUCUCCACAUUUCCGCUGUAAAGGAAAUACUCUCCCUCAAAACCUACAUUGUCAUGAUUAAAUGGAUCUGCAGAUUGUGACAAUGUACACCCUAAUAUCCAUAAAUAAUUU